AUGGAUUCUUCGGAUUUUUGGCGCGAUUUCAAAAUCUUCACGGCAUUUGUGAUUGUAUCGAUCAGUUCGAUGUUUCCAAAUAAUGCAUUUAUGAAUGCGCACGAGGUGGGUGAAAAUCUAGGGUUUUCGGCUGAAAAUGAGUCAUAGAACAGGAAAAAAUCAAUAAUUUUGCAGUAUUUUUAUUAUAAAUUGCGAAAUGUGACGGCUGAACAUGAUGAUGGAAAUUUGACGAGUUUUUUGAGUACAAAUGAUGGAUGGCAGGAAUUUAAGAGACAGGGUGAGUUUUUUGGGCGGGAUUUUUGAGUUUUUAAAAAAUUUUUUAUGAGGUUUGGAGGUGAAUGAUAUUGAAUAAGCCUAGGAAUGAUGGGAAAAACGGAUUUUCAGUGAAUUUUUAGCUGAAAACUUUGAAAAACAUGGAUUUUUCAUAAUUUUUCGAUUCAAAUGAGAUCUAACAAGGCUGAAAAAUCACCAAAGUUCGAAAUCUAGCUGAAAAUUCCAGAUUAUCAUACACUUUUGCUGAAAAACUCGAGAGCUAGCAAAAAAUCCUGUUUUGAAGGUUCUAUCACCUUGAAUAGACUGAAAUUUUCUUAUUUUCAUUAAAAAUUGCCCUCAAAAAUGUUCAAUCUGUUUACAGUCCGUGAAGAUGCUCCAACCGAAAUGCAGGCUGAUUUUGAGGCAUAUUUGACAGUUUAUGGUGGAAUCGCAUGUGUUUUAGGAUCGAUUAUCAAUGUUUUCGCGACGAAAAGGUGGGAAAAUAACUAAAAAUGUUCAUUUUUCACUUAAAACUGGUGAAAAGGAGACAAAAUCUGAAAUUUAUAAGCUAAAAAUCAUGAAAAAUGACCGAAAAAUCAUCAUUUUCCAUCAGAAACUUAAAUUUCAACCCAACAAUAAAAUUAAUACGUUUUUCAGCCUUUCAAAUAGUUGUCGUGUAAUAUGGGGUCAUAUUUUGGUUAUUCUCGUUUUCAUCCCAACAAUUGCUCUAACUUUCAUCGAUUUCGAUUCAGCACAAGAUUUGUUUUUCAAUAUUUCGAUGGGUUUGAUUUCAAUUGCAUGUUUCGCUUCUUUGGGUAUGAUUGCUGGAGGAGUUUUGGGAUUAUCUGCCAUUUUUCCGGCAAAAUAUGUGAGUUUUUUAUUUGAAGGGGUUUGGGGGAGAUAGUUGAAAAUCAAAAAUCACGUGAAAUUCUGAGAAAAAAUUGAUGUUUUUCCUAGAACUUUUGGCUCAAACCCAAAGAUUUGAAACCUCUUUAGUUACCCUAACUAAAAAGUUGAAUUUCAUACCUAAAUUUCACUAAAAAUACCCUAAUUCAUCGCCUUAAACUCCCUAGUUACUCUAACUUUAUUUUCAAACUUCCCAAGUUACCCCAACUUCCCAAUUUUUGCAGACCCAAGCCGUGAUGAUUGGUCAAUCGGCAGCCGGUGUUUUAGCCGCCCUCGCCAGCAUCCUUUGCCAAGCUUCCACUUCAAAUGUGAUUUUAAACGGACAAAUGUAUUUUGUUUUUAGUUUGCUCAUGGCCAUUUUAAGCAUCGUCGUCUAUUUUUGGCUCAAUAAUAUCGAAAUUCCUCAAAACAAUUCGGGAGAUGAGGAAAAUCAGAGACUUUUGGAGGCGGAAGCGGAAGCGAUCAUUGAAAAUCAGGCUGGCAAUUUUCCGGCGAUUUCUGAAGAUGAGGAAGACGAUUCGGGGGAUUUUAGAAGUCAAUUUGAGCAAUGCUGUGGAAUUGUUAGAAAGGUAAAGGGGUUUUUGGGCCUGGCAAUGUUUUGCUGGCGCAUUUUCUUGAUCUACCCGAAAAAUGGGUCUUUUUGACACUAAACAAGCCAUAAUUUGAGAGCGAAUGCGUCAGUAAAGUGUUUGCUGGCGUAUUUCUAGUGCUACCCCCGGAUCAAGUCAUGUUUGGUGUCAAAAUGAAGCUCUAAACCCUGAGAAACCAAAAAUCCCACCAAAAAACAUCUUUUUUUGCAGUCCUUCAUCGAUCUUCUCACAAUUUCCAUUGUUUUGCUGGUAACGUUGGCCGCGUAUCCAGGAUUGACAAGUUUGGUUCGAAGCACGUCGAGAAAUCACACAUGGAAUUCGUAUUUUUCGGCCGUCGCCUCGUUUUUAUUGUAUAAUAUUGGUGAUUUCAUUGGUAGAUCGUGUGCGAAUUCUGUGAGAUUGGUAAGCAAUUUUGAAUUUUUAGCGGGAAAAUUGGAAAUUUCAUGGAAAUUUACACCAGAAUGGUGGAUUUUUAGCCUAAAAUGCCACGUGGCAACUCAUAAUUUUUUUUCCAGAAUCGCUUCUGGCUUCUCACAAUUGCCUCCCUUCGAGUUCUUCUAAUUCCCCUCCUAGUUAUGUGCAAUGUUAUGCCACGUGUUCACACACAUUCAAUUCUACCGUAUGACGGCGUUUUCAUUUUGAUUGUGAUUUUGUUGGCUGUUUCGCAUGGAUUUUGUAUAACGAAUGCGACGAUUGGAGCCACGUUGUGAGUUUUUUUUGAGAAGAAGAGAUUUUGGGGAACAUUUUGACACCAAACAUGACGUGGUUUCGAGCACCAGAAAUGCGCCAGCAAACAAUUUACUGGCGCAUUUUUGGUGCAUUCUUGAAUUAAAGCAUGCUUGGUGUCAAAAUAAACCAUUUUUCACAUAGAUUAAGACUAGAGUCCGCAAAAUCCGCUAGCUAUCUUUUGCUGGCGCAUUUUUUGGGGCACAGCCAUAUCAAAAUGCUCCGAGUUUUCCAGAGAAAUCGACAAAAACUCGCGCGAACUUGCCGGAAGUAUUGUUUCAUUGAUUGGUGUGACAGCUGCAAUGCUUGGUGGUGUUAUGGGUGUACUUGUGAUCAAAUUGGUGUGA